ACUGUGUGUGGGGAGAGGGGAGAGAGUGGAGAGAUGGGAGAGGAGAGGAGGGAAGGGGAGAGAAAAGAGAGAGGGGAGACGGAGAGAUGGGAGAGAGAUGGAAAGAGGAGAGGAGAGGGGUGGUCAGUCACAUUGGGCAGUAAUCUGUACUUUGUUCUGCUCUGGGGGAAGUGUUUACUGGUUCCACGAAUGCCUGGAUGUCUCAGAAGCCCAAAGGCGCAAUCUCCUAAAUGGGACCUAUUAUCCUUCUACACAGGGACUGAUGGUGUGGGUUAGACACAGAGAGAGAGAGAGAUUUACACUGCUGUAAAAGCCAAAGCGCUCUCUACAUAAACAAUUCUCCUUUACCUUCUCAGCCCUCUGGUUUGGCUAUGUUCUCUCUCUCCCUCUACUCCCUCUCUCUCUCUUUCCCCUCACAAUUUUCUUUCUCUAUUUUCUCUCUCUCUUGCUCUUUCUAUCCUCUUUCUCUCUCCUCUCUCCUCUCUUCUCUCUCCUCUCUCCUCUCUCCUCUCUGUCUCUCUCUCUCUCUCAGUCUCUGUCUCUGUCUCUGUCUCUGUCUCUGUCUCUGUCUCUGUCUCUGUCUCUGUCUCUGUCUCUGUCUCUGUCUCUGUCUCUGUCUCUCUCUCUCUCUCUCUCUCUCUCUCUCUCUCUCUCUCUCUCUCUCUCUCUCUCAUUCUCUCUCUCUCCCCUCUCUAUGUGUGUCUCUCUCUCUACCCUCCUUCCCCCUCUGUCUCCAACACAGUGACAUUACGCUGAUUCAGUAAAGGAGCACGAGAGAGCGACAUUUGGCAGCACAAACGUGUGACAGGAAGCGAGCUGCUCAAAUGCUAUUAGCAUCCCAUAUUAGCAUUUUACGUUAGCAUCCUCUUUAUGAAUGCAGCCCCAAAAGGCUGAAGGGACAUUCUGCUGUUUGCGUGUCAGCCAUUGAUAGGCCUGUAGUUGAUGGAUGGGAGUCUUCCAGCUGACAUUUCAGUCCACAGGGACCAGGGCAUGUGGACUCCACAUGUUUGUGUGACAUGUUACUGUGUUAGGAUGGUUGAGUGAGUCUGAAUAUGCAUGUAUGGGUGUGGAGUCUGAAUAUGCAUGUGUGGGUGUGGAGUCUGAGUGUGUAAUGUGUAUUAUUCAAAAUAUGUAAAUAAUUUUACCUGCCUCCCUUUUCCCUUUCCCUCUGACCUCUCACACCAACACAAACCUCUGACCUCUCACACCAACACAAACCUCUGACCUCUCACACCCACACCCAUACCCACACCAACACAAAUCUCUGACCUCCCACACCAACACAAACCUCUGACCUCUCACACCCACACCAACACAAACCUCUGACCUCCCACACCAACACAAACCUCUGACCUCCAACACCAACACAAACCUCUGACCUCCCACACCAACACAAACCUCUGACCUCCCACACCCACACCAACACAAACCUCUGACCUCCCACACCCACACCAACACAAACCUCUGACCUCCCACACCAACACAAACCUCUGACCUCUCACACCCACACCAACACAAACCUCUGACCUCCCACACCCAUACCAACACAAACCUCUGACCUCCCACACCAACACAAACAUCUGACCUCUCACACCCACACCAACACAAACCUCUGAUCUCUCACACCCACACCAACACAAACCCAUCACACGCACAUUCUGACCAUAUCCCACAUUUUCCUUCUCAUUUAGGUUUUCCACAUAAAAGCAAACUGCACAGAUGGUUAGUUCUGAGAGCCCUGUCUACACCUGUUUAUAUUUAGAACCUCAGUAGAGCACUUGAGGCAGAGAAAAACUAAGUGUGUUUUGUUUGUUUGGCAUGCCAAUGACUCCCUACACACUCCUUCGCCGUCUCGCUUCAACAGCCAACUACACUGAACAAAAAUAUAAACACAACAUGUAAAGUGUUGGUGCCAUGUUUCAUGAGCUGAAAUAAAAGAUCCCAGAAAUGUUCCAUAAGCACAAAAAGCUUAUUUAUCUGAAGUUUUGUGCACAAAUGUGUUUACAUCCCUGUUAGUGAGCAUUUCUGCUUUGCCAAGAUAAUCCAUCUACCUGACAGGUGCAGCAUAUCAAGAAGCUGAUUAAACAGCAUGAUCAUUACACAGGUGCACCUUGUGCUAGGGACAAUAAAAGGCCACUCUAAAAUGUGCAGUUUUUCCCACAACACAAUGCCACAGAUGUCUAAAGUUUUGAGGGCGUGUGCAAUUGACAUGUUGACUGCAGGAAUGUCCACCAGAGCUGUUGCCAGAGAAUUCAAUGUACAUUUCUCUACCAUAAGCCACCUCCAACGUUGUUUUAGAGAAUUUGUCUGUACGUCCAACCGGCCUCACAACCGCAGACCAAGUGUAUGGCGUUGUGUGGUCGAGCGGUUUGCUGAUGUCAACAUUGUGAACAGAGUACCUCAUGGUGGUGUUGGGGUUAUGGUAUGGGCAGGCAUAAGCUACGGACAAUGAACACAAUUGCAUUUUAUCGAUGGCAAUUAGAAUGCACAGAGCUACCAUGACGAGAUCCUGAGGCCCAUUGUCCUGCCAUUCAUCCGCCGCCAUCACCUCAUGUUUCAGCAUGAUAAUGCACAGCCCCAUGUCGCAAGGAUCUGUACACAAUUCCUGGAUGUUGAAAAUGUCCCAGUUCUUUCAUGGCCUGCAUACUCACCAGACAUGUCACCCAUUGAGCAUGUUUGGGAUGCUAUGGAUCGGAGUGUAUGACAGCAUGUUCCAGCUCCCGCUAAGAUCCAGUGACUUCACACAGCCGUUGAAGAGGAGUGGGACAACAUUCCACAGGCCACAGUCAACAGCCUGAUCAACUCUUUGUGAAGGAGAUGUGUCAUGCUGCAUGAAGCAAAUGGUGGUCACAUCAGAUACUGACCAACAGAUGCAUAUCUGUAUUCACAGUCAUGUGGAAUCCAUAGAUUAGGACCUAAUGAAUUCAUUUCAAUUGACUGAUUUCCUUAUAUGAACUGCAACUCAGUAAAAUCUUUGAAAUUGUUGCAUGUUGCGUUUAUAUUUUUGUUCAGUAUAAAUUCUGCAGGAUUUGGGCAGAAUUAGUGAAGGCAUUAUCUGGCUCACAGGGUGCUGUGGUUACUCUCUGCUGCUUAUGUAAUACAGGAUGAACUAUAACCCCUCCAUCUCUCUCCUUGGUUGUGUUGUUGGCCAUUUGAUUGUGUUUGCUGGUGGGAUGCGUCUGAAAUGGCACAUACCCUAUGUAGGGUACUACUUUUGACCACAGCACGGUACUCUACAUAGGGAAUAGGGUGCACUUUUGGACACAGACUCUGUAUCGGAAAUGUUGAUUGGUCAGGUUUGGUGGCUGUUAUUGUGAGUGUCUAAUGGACUUUCAAUAUCAGAAGAGCCGUGUGCAGGAAUAUGAUACCUUCGUCCUUGAAAAGUACAGACUCUUUCAUUUUUUCCUCUCUCUCGCCAAACCUUUGACAACUUCCUUUUUUAUCUCCUUCCCAGCUGGAGAAAAUUGCAUUUUCCAACUGCCCACUUAGAUCAAAAUGCGGUCUGAAACCCUCUAGAUCUGAUGGAAGCCAAAUGAACGGUGUCCAUAUUAUGAUAGCCUCAGUCUCAGCAGGACUGAGCAGGACGGAGACUGAGGCUAUCCUAAUAUGUACACCAUAAAAUUGGCUACCGUCAGAACUGCUUCCCAGCUCCAUAACGCCAUCGACUGAUUAUCCAGUUACUGUUAGGUGUCCUAAUAUGGACAUGGUACACAUGGUAGUCGGUAACAGCAUAAUGCUGAUGUAGUGUUUCUUUUCAUAUCUCUAAUGGUUCUAUACAUCAUGUCUAAACGAUGUAUCUGCCUAGAUCAUUAGCAGCCAUGUUGCACACUGUCCCUAAUGAAACCAUUACCAACCAUGGAAAACAUGCUGUUACCAUCACCAUUACUAGGAUGUAUAGUUUAGGUUUAGUUUAGGCCAUAAUCAUAAAUAGGCUAGUCCUAUCUGUACAGUUCACAUCAAUUGUUAAUAACAUUCUGAUUUGUUGGGGUUGGGUAGCUAGGUGGUUUGUGCAAUUAUUGUUUUAUGGUCGACUACAUUCUGAUUGGUAGGAAGAUGGAUGCGCUCACUCUGCAUCAUUUGGUGUGUGCAGUCAUCUCUGAACAUAAUAAACGUACGGUACCUCCUUGCCAUUGCUUCUUCAUUCCUGUGCAUGUAGUGAUAUUAGCUUUUAAAAUCCAUCGGCAUGCCUCUACUAUAUGUGUAAGUCUCUGUGUGGUUGGUAAGGUGUGCCAGAUAUGUUUGAGAGAGCGGUGUGUGGUGCUCAGGUCCACGUCAGUGUUUCUACACCUCAUGAUGUUACACAACCAUAGCAGAGCAGGGCAGCUCCCCCCUGGGGGCACACAGGGUUACUAAUGAGCCCAUACUGGAGAACACAAACAAGGAAUCACACACACACACAGCUCUAAUGUUGUCCACCUGCCGGCUCUCUCGAACCGUCUGGUUUCAUAGCGCCUCAGAACGGGACUUGACUGGAAGUCUACGGCAGGAGCGGACGCAACAACCGCUGGUUUUAAUUGGCUGAUCUCUCAGUCCAUCACCAUCUAGCAUAACCCUUAGAACGUUCCUCCGACGUUGCAGACUUCAAAGCGCGAGCAGCGCAAGUGAUUUAAGGAAGUGAGUUCAGAAAAUCUGAACGUAUGAAUCUUAGAAAUAGCUUUGACACAAACACUUUAUAUGCCCGAACUCAGAAGCAAUUGGGCUUCCCAAAACGAAUAUGGCCAUUGUGAUAGAACAUUUAUUUUGAUUGGCGAUUUUCGCCAUAUUUCAAAGUCCCAUCUAAUACAGCUGUAGCAGGCUCGCUCCCUCUCCUGCCUCGAUUUUAACCACACCCCUUUCAAGUCCCACUUUGUUGCACAGUGUUACCAGGUUCUAUGCGCCUGCAAUUCUUUUCUGGGGAUGAGGUUAACACAGCUCUAACCAAUUAACAAUGACUGUUCAUGCACCGACAGUACAGUCCCACACUUGCACAUUUACAGUACAGGUGUACAUUGACUGAUAAACCCUUACACACACUGACACCCAAAAAAGCAGUCACACACCCUCACACAGUUGUAUUUACACAAUCACAUUCACUAAUUCACUUUCAUCCGAUGAGAAGGCCAAGGCAGAGGAGCUGAAGAGUGGAGAGAGUGAGUGGCACUCCCAGGCCUUAUCGCUGGAGAGACUGUACCUGUCAAAUGCUGUUCUCUGGGGCCCUCAGAUUAACAUCCAUAUCACGCUGUCUGUUUGUCAGGAGCCUCCAGGGGCCACGGCCCAGACACACAGACAAAGUGACUAAAUUAAUUCCCUGAAUGUGGAGCGUUAGCGCGCUCGUUCUCUCUCUUUUUUCAUGAUCAAUUCUAUUCCCUUAUCUCCUCCCUCCCUGUAACAUAAACACGCUGUCUUUAUACAUUUUGUGCAGUGAGCAGGUUGCUGGUAGAGUAACUCACUUAUAACUUGCUAUUCCUCAUGCUGCUACUGCACACUCAAUUCUGGAGUGUAACCAAAAUCCAAACACAUUUUUGGCGGUGCUAAAAAAUGACAUCGAAAAUAUACCGCAGUGAAUUAUGGGAGCGUAGCAGUGGUGUCCUCUACUCUACGAUGGGAUCAUUUAACACCUGUGUUGUGCUUUCCUUUAUGAGCUUUAUGCCGUGGCACUGUUUUGUAGUCUAUUGUAGUCUUUAUUUCAUCCUCUGAGGUUAAAUUAAGGCAUCAUAACAAUAAAGAAGGGUGUCCUAAUAUGGACACAGGAUGAAGAUAGGCUCUAUGGUACAGUGGUACCGAUGGUAAUUGGCUAUAGAGGUGUUGAUGAGGUUAUUUGUUAUCGCCUUGACGCCAACAAUAAACAUUACACACAGAUGCCAUUUCUCCAUGCCUUGAGGCUCUGGGCCCAGCUUCACAAGGCCUCGAAGAGUAGUGUGGCUAUCUAGGAUCAGUUUUGCCUUUUAAAUCAUUAAUGAAUAAGAUUUCAUGGACAGGGAGGGAGGGGCCUGAUCCUAGAUCGCUUUGUGAAUACGGGCCCUGGGCUACAAACAUGGUGCCACCAUUUCGCUUUGUACUUUUCAUAACCUGGUAAUAGAAGCAUUUUAAUUUUCCAUUGAUCUGAGAAUAUAACAACUCCUGCUGAGACUAAGGCUGUCCUAUUAUGGACACCGUAGUUCUGUCUCAUUGAUCAGCUCUAUGAAUCUGAAAUGGAAUCUGUUUCUGCUAAUAUCCUGGCUUUGAUGGGUGUUGACAUAAUCAAUACCUCCAUAGAGUUGUGGUGGCAGUGCACUGGAGAGUAUGAAUGUGAGGGGUAAGACCUUGUGUCUAACUCUAGUUGCGUCCAAAAUGGCAACCUAUUCCUUAAAUAGUGAACUACAUUUGACCAGGGCCCAUAGGAAUCAGGUCAAAAGUAGCGCACUAUAUAGGAAUAGGGUGCCAUUUUGGAUGUACCCUCUGUUGAUUGAAUGUGAGGGGUGACAGUCUGUAUCUAACUCUCUGUUGAUGAGUGUUAUCUGCUCCGUGAAGGACUGAUUACAUCUGAACAGUUGACUGUGGAACUAAUAACACAGUUGGGUCUCUGUGUGUCUCAACACUAAUAACCAUAGUGCUGAUUUGUAUUCAUACAGCGGCAUCCUCCUAUGUGCUUCAAAGCGCUUAACAUUGUCUGGGGAUCAAGCCUUCUCAUGCAGAUGAAAAGGUUGACUUAAACAACUACAGGGGUUUGACUGAGUCCUUUAGCCAGCUCUGACCUAACCUGUCAAGGGCCGCUGCUGUGCUUGAAAUACCUGAUCUGACCUCAAACAAGCUUCUUCAUAGAUAUAUCAUAGAUAGUUUGUUCAAAAUCUAGGAAGGAACAUCUUUCUUGAACAGAGACUUUAUCCACUGCCUGCUUGUUUUAAUCUGAGGCCAAUUUAUCACAAUCUGAAGAAGUUCUGAUCCUUUUCAUUAAUCUUUAUUAUGCUGGUCUUUGGCCAUAUGGUGUGAGAGGGUGGCUAUUUAUUUUCUUUAUUAAUCCAAAAAGGUAUUUCUUUAAUUAAGUUAUGAUACCCAAAGAUGCUCUUAGUUUUUUAUACUCUCACUCCCUCUUUACCGAAUCCAUUUUUAGCAAGAGUAACCAAUCUUUCUCCAUGUGUGUUGACUCUCAUAUCAACAUAAAGGUCAAUGUUAAACAAGUCCCCUGUGUUCAGAGUCAGCACACUCUCUGUUAAAAGCCUUGGCUCUCUGCCACCACUGUAGUCUCCAUGUACACUACUUACUGCUUAGCCUGACCACAUUGUUUCUACAGUAUAUUACAGCCAUAUGAAAGAAGAAUUACUUUUGACCAGAAGUAGUACACUAUAUAAGAAAUAAGGUACCAUUUGGGACUUAGCAGCAGUGUAAAUUAGCUGCCUAAACCUUCUACCAGACAGCUGAUUUAUGGGGGAGUCGUGUUUUGAUAUAUUUUUUUUCGGUUACGAGGACAUGCUUCAUUUAUAAGUGCUGCUGUGAGCACAGUGGCAGUGCAGACAGCUAGCUAUUCCUGUCCUCUUUUAUCUCAAUGUUACUCAAGCGUACUUUUACCUUGUCCAGCUUCUACCCCAUUAUGUUUCACUAUGGUAUGAUAAAGUCAAUGGAGAGUAUCAAUGUGAACAGCAUAUAUAUAUAUUUUAAACCAUACCAACAAAUAUUUUGUUGAUGUUGUUUCUUCUUAACUUUAUGAAUUGUUUCUUGACUGUAAAUGUUCUGUGACUGACAAUGUUAUUGUCCUUUCUUGAAUGAUCAUUGUUGAAUAAUCUUUAGUUUGUUUUUAUACAAUCCUGUCCAUUGCAGUUUUCUAAAGGUCACUUUUUGUUCUGUCUGUGUUUCAGAAUAAAGAAUGGCUCUGCCUGAACUGCCAGACCCAGAGAGCUUUGUCUGGGGCCCUGGGAGACACUCCACUUCCUGCUCCUCAGCCAAUGGGAUCCCCACGGCACCCAGCUCCAGCCAAUCAACCACAGCCUCAACAGAGAGGGCCCAAUCAGCAGGCAGGGCUACGGCCCACUGGUUCUCAACAGCAACAGAAACCACCGGGUGCCCAAGUAAGUGGCCCUCCUUUCUCCCCUGCCAAACAGGCAGGGCCCACCGCCCAAAGCAAGGGGCCUGCUCAACCGUCCCCUGCCAAGGCACAACCCUCCCCUGCUAAGGGUGCACCAUCCCCUGCUAAAACAGCCCAGCCUUCCCCUGCUAAGGGCGCACCCUCCCCUGCCAAACAGACAGGACCCACCACCCAGAGUAAGGGUCCUGCCCAGCCCUCCCCAGCCAAGGGCGCACCCUCCCAUGCUAAAGCUGCAUCCACCCCUAACAAGGGUGCACCCUCUCCUGCUAAGUGUGCACCUACCCAACCUAAACCCAACCAGAGUGGACCCAACAAGCAGUCUGGUAAACAGCAGCAGGGCCAGGAGAAAACUAAAAUCGCCCCCAAAACUCAAAAGGAAGCAGAAGUCAAAGCCUCACCUAAGAAGGGAGCACCUGAGACCAUCACCACAUCAAAAGAAGAAAAGAAGAAAUCUGCUGAAGACUCGCAGAAGUCAAAACAUCAUGACGUGAGCGACCUGCAACUUUGCAACUUCAACGUCUUUACACACUGUUACUGUUCUUGAUUUACCACCAGAAUUGUAUUUACCUUAAUUUCAGUCAUUCUUGUCAGUUGUCGCCGGUGUCGUCGUCGUCGUCAUCAUCAUCAUCAUCAUCAUCAUCAUCAUCAUCAUCAUCAUCAUCAUCAUCAUCAUCAUCAUCAUAAUCAUCAUCAUCAUCUUCAUCAUCAUAUUCUUCUUCUUCAUCAUCAUCAUCAUUUUCAACAUCAUCUUCAUCAUCAUCUUCAUCAUCAUCUUCAUCAUCAUCUUCAUCAUCAUCAUCUUCAACAUCAUCAUCAUCAUCAUCUUAAUCAUCAAUGUCAUCAUCUUCAUCAUGAAAUGUUUCCAUAAAUUGAAUAAUUUCUUUCUCUGUCUAUAAUCUAGUGCUGAGCGAAUAGUGCUUUCUGAGGUCGGUUCGGUUUCGGUUCGAUUAUAGAAAAAUUGUCACGGUUUUCGAUUUUCGGUUAUUAUAUAUAUUUUUUACAUUAAAUGCAUUAUGAAAUAAUUACAUUAAAAUGAUUUUAGAGCUUUUUAAUGGAAAUUCCAAAGCCAAAAAUUGUGAACAUUCAAUUGCUAAAACAUUUAAAAUAUUCCAUUGUCUCGGUCAGGUCCACAUUGGGUAGACAUCAAUAGAAAAAUAGGAAAUUACUAUGAAAUAAUAAAAUAUUUCAGUUGCGUAUAUUACGUAGUUUUUAUUUGAUGACUUUAUUAUUUUUCAUUCCUUAAAGUCAUCAUCUCAUCUCUGCUAAGGCAGUAGCAGCCAGCCAGCCAGACAACAUUAUCUCUGUGCUCCCCAUACUGUACUAUCUUUAGUCAUCCUAUUUAAGCUAGCCUGCCUAAGUAUGCUGUAGAACUGUCUGACUAAAUCAUUUGACUAGUUUUCUCUCAUUGUUGUGUUGUGUUCAUUCCUAUCUCAUGGGGUCUAUGCAGUCUGUGUAUCUAACCUAACGUAGCAGGUGUAAAAGUGUAUCCAUCUUUGUCUGAGCCGGAAAGAACAGACGCAGUGGAUUAUGGCCAUUGUUGUUAAUUACCAUGUUUCUGUGCUGAACUAUGUUGAAUAUUUGGUUAGUGAAAACUACAACUCCCUUCAGCUCAGCGUCCCACUUAGUUCUUGAGUUGAUUUAUCUCGUGAAUGAUUUGAUUUCUCUCUGGAGAAAUAGCACGUUGGGCUCACAAAAAAAAAAAAACUAAAUGGAAUUCAAGUAAUUGAACCGACUUCGGGUCAAUUUGUUUUUUAAUAACCGGUUAAUCACUCAGCACUACUAUCAUCAUCAUCAUCAUCAUCAUCAUCAUCAUCAUCAUCACUAUGAUCAUUACAUUAUAUAAAAUAGGAGGCGGCAGGUAGUCUAGCGGUUAGAGUGUUGGGCCAGUAACCAAAGGUUCGCUGGUUCCAAUCCCCGAGCCCACUAGGUGAAACAAAUCUGCCGGUGUGCCCUUAACCCUAAUUGCUCCUGUAAGUCGCUCUGGAUAAGAGUGUCAACUAAAUGACUCAAAUGAAAAUGACCACCACUGCUAUCAUCACCAUCAUCAUCAUCAUCAUCAUCAUCAUUAUUCUUAUCCCGUCCUCCUCGUCAUCUCUAUCCCCAAGCAUCAGCGGUUUACCAUGCACCAGCUUUUUUUUAAUCAAUCAUAAUGUUAAGCCUGUGUUAUCUUUAAUAUGGUCGUCCUUAUCUCUGGCAUUGCAAUCAUGAUUAGUCAGUGUUAUUAACAUGCAAUUCACUGUUUUUUAACUUAAUCAUUAUAUUUUGAUCAACUUGUUCAUUAUUUUCUAUCAUUCUUCAACUGUAUUGCAGUGAUUGCAUUGGAAAAUGUAUUAUACAAGCAUGUAACCAAAAAUCAUGUUUUGUCUUUGUGUUGUAUUGUUGUUUGUCGUUUUCUGUCACCUUUUAUCGCAAGCUUUUUAUUUAGUCAUAUGUAUACAGUGCCGUGAAAAAGUAUUUGCCCCCUUUCUGAUUUUCUCUAUUUUUGCUUAUUUUUUAUACUGAAUGUUAUCAGAUCUUCAACCAAAACCUAAUAAUAGAUAAAGUGAACCUGAGUUUACAAAAAACAAAAAAAAAGAUACUUAUUUUAUUUAUUUUAUUAACAAAGGAAUGCAGUGUUUAGUUUUCGCCAGACAUAAUGGGACCCAUCUCGUCCAAAAAGUUGACUCAAGUUUGCCAAAAAGCACCUGGAAGCACCUGGAUGAUCAUCAAGACUCUUGGAAGAAUGUUCAAUGGACAGAUGAGUCAAAAGUAUAACUUUUUGGACGACAUUAGUGUCAUUAUGCCUGGCGAAAACCAAACACUGUAUUCCACAGUAAGAAUCUUAUAUCAACGGUCAAGCAUGGUGGUGGUAGUGUGAUGGUUUGGGGAUGCUUUGCUGCCUCAGGACCUGGACGACUUGCCUUAAUAGAAGGAACCAUGAAUUCUUCUGCAUCAAAUAAUUCUACAGGAGAAUGUCAGGCCAUCCGUCUGUGAGCUGAAGCUGAAGCGCUGCUGGGUCAUGCAGCAAGACAAUGAUCCAAAACACACAAUCAAGUCUACAUUAAAAUGGUUAAAAAGCAACAAAUUUGAAGUUUUGGAAUGGCCCAGUCAAAGUCCAGACAUAAUCCCAAUUGAGAUGUUGUGGCAGGACUUGAAACGAGCAGUUCAUGCUUAAAAACCCACAAAUGUUGCUGAGUUAAAGCAGUUCUGUAUGCAAGGGUGGGCCAAAAUUCCUCCACAGCGAUGUGAGAGACUGAUCAACAACUACAGGAAGCAUUUGGUUGCAGUCAUUGCAGCUAGAGGUGGCACAACCAGUUAUUGAGUGUAAGGUGGCAGUUACUUCUUUACAUAGGGGAAUUGGGUGUUGCAUAACUUUGUUAAUUAAAUAGAUAUAAUAGGUAAAAAUGUGUUUUGUUAUUUGUAAUUUCAGGUUCCCUUUUUCUAAUAUUAGGUGUUGGUUGAAGAUCUGAUAAUAUUCAGUAUCAAAUAUAUGCAAAAAUAGAGAAAACCAGAAAGGGGGCAAAUACUUUUCCACGGCACUGAAUGUAUUACAUUAUCUGUUAUAGUUGCAUGUGCUUUGAUGACUGAAUUCCUUUCAAUGUAAUUAUUGUCUAAUGUCUUGCCAGAAUAGUAAUAUAGCCUGUAUAAGUUAUAGUGCUUUAAUUCCAACCCCUAUCAUCUGUGAAACAAAUGCUCAUAAAAGUGACACUACUGAUGAGUUAAGUGAAACGAUAGGAAAGAAAGGGUGCACUGAUGCCUGUAAUAUACUUUUUGCUAUAGAAAUAAAUUAAGUCAGGGGGAAAAAGGACUGAUGCUAAUACUGGCCUCUGACCUCUCUCUUUUUUUCUCUCUUUCCUUCAGGAUUCCAACAAGUCCAGCACACAGAGCCUCAGUGACACGGGCUACUCAUCAGAUGGGAUAUCCGGCUCAAUGGGCGAGAUCACAGGCCAGAUCCAGGAGGAUCCGGGGUUGAAGCUGAGUGAACGAGGCCCCUCCAGCCCCUCUGAGAUAACCAAGCUGGAGAGCUCCAUGCGGCCGCUGCUAGAGUCAAAGUCCAAGACCGCUACAGACCAGGGCCGGGGGAGGCCUCACUCUCUGUCCAUUGGCCAGGACGAGGAGUACAACUCGGAUGGGGAGGUGUCGGAUGAUCUCAGCUCCAAGCUGCGCCACGACUAUGUGGAGGACAGCAGCGAGAGUGGUCUGUCCCCCUUACCGCCCAGGCAGAAGAAGUCCCAUAAAGAAAUUACAGAUGAGGAGUUCAUGAGGAGGCAGAUCAUGGAAAUGAGUGCUGACGAGGACGAGAUGGAGGAGGAGGAGGAGGAAGGGUACGGCUACCAGAAAACAAAAAACAAAAAGGAUUUGGGGAAGGAGAAACGACGCAGCCUCACCCACCAUUCCAGUAGUUUUGAAGAAGACACCAAGUGCGCUGACGGUGAAGACGACGAAGGUAUGAUUGCUUCCCAAGGAGGGCUGCGGCGGUUUAAGACCAUCGAGCUGAACAACUCAGAGCAUGACCUCAGAGAGCCAGAGCUGGAGAUGGAGAGCCUGACUGGAUCACCAGAGGAGCGGUCGAGGGGGGAGUAUUCAUCCACCCUCCCUGCCACCACUCCCAGCUACACCUCCGGCACGUCCCCUACCUCUGUGUCCUCCAUGGAGGACGACAGUGACAGCAGCCCCAGCCGCAGGCAGAGACUGGAAGAGGCCAAGCAGCAGAGAAAGGCUCGCCACCGCUCCCAUGGCCCACUCCUGCCCACCAUCGAGGACUCAUCUGAGGAAGACGAGCUGAGGGAGGAAGAGGAGCUUCUGAGAGAGCAGGAGAAGAUGAGAGAUCUGGACCUGCAGAGGAUCCGCAGCACUGCCAGGAAAACUAAGAGAGACAAAGAGGAGCUGAGGGCCCAGAGACGUAGAGAGAGAUCCAAGACUCCCCCCAGCAACCUCUCUCCCAUCGAGGAUGCAUCCCCAACGGAGGAGCUGAGACAGGCAGCAGAGAUGGAGGAGCUCCACAGAUCCUCCUGCUCAGAGUACUCCCCUUCCAUGGAUUCAGAGGCAGAGGGCUUUGAAAUGAUGGGCUCCAAGCUCUACAAGUCAGGAAGCCACCACAACCUACCCACGUUCAUGUCUCUCUACUCCCCCACUGAAAAACCUACUGCCAUUUCACCAUCGGACAAGACACUGAAAAGUGCAGAGGAGGUUUAUGAAGAAAUGAUGAGGAAAGCAGAGAUGUUGCAGCAGCAGCAGCAGGGACAGCCAGGAAGGCCAGGCCAACAACAAGGAAGUCCACAAAGGCAACCGGCUGGGUCACCUCAGCCUGGCAAUAAACAACAUCUAGACACUGGAACUUCUCUAACACCUGGCUCCAGCCCCACACAGAUCUCUGCACCUGUUUCCUUCUCCUCAAACGACCCACGUGGGUCUGGAAGAGGGAUCCCCCAAGGAAUCAGUGUGACACAGCAUCUAUCGAAAGAAACCCAAGACAGGAUGAGGACGCAGACUGCCAAAAUAGGGGGUGUUAUCCCCCCGGCGGCUGGAAGACCUGCACAGGGUCAGGGACCAGCACAGGGGGUGCCUCCUCCUGACCCUGGAGUACCCUCCAUCGCAUCCUCCCUCUUCUCCUAUUUCAAAGGCCCCAGUCCUCCUGUUUCCCCUGCUCCCUCUCCCUCACAGAGCCCCACUCAUUCCCCGUCCCCACGACCCACAGGGCCUGGGGUGUCCCCACGACCCACAGGGCCUGGGGUGUCCCCACGACCCACAGGGCCUGGGGUGUCCCCACGACUCACAGGGCCUGGGGUGUCCCCACGACCCACAGGGCCUGGGGGGUCCCCACGACAUUCUCAGCCUGGCGCUAGUGGCCCAACCUCCCCAGUACUGCCACAACAACAUGGAGUCCAAACGCCACAAAAAUCAGCGUCGCCACGCCUUGCAAGACAACAGUCCUCCUCCGACUCACCAGUAAUGGUGAUAACGCUGGGCUCUGAGACCACCACCAGUUCUGCCAAGCCUCUAACUGUAAACUCCUCCACUUCGCCCCUGUCCUCGCCAACACAGGGUAUCCGUCAGCCCAUGUAUCAGCAAAAGAUUCCUUCAACGAGCUCCCCAACGUCCCCACAAAUGCACCCACUGCACCAAACCCCUCAACACGGUUUACAGAGGCCCAAAACUGCAGAGAGGGUUAAUAUUGGUAUGAGCAUGACAAUGACAACCACAGCUACCACAUACAGUCGUGGGUCAAUGUCAAUGGAAAAUAUCUCCCUAUGUAGAAUCUCCAACGUUCCAGGAACCUCUAGGGUUGUGGAGCAUGGCCAAAUUCAAAUGCAUCCGAGUGGACCUGCAUCUGUGGUGGACCUGAGAGCACCAAUGAAGCCCACCCCAAUCAUCAUGACAGACCAGGGCAUGGAUCUAACGUCUCUGGCAACUGAUACAAGGAGGUAUUCUCUCGAUGCUGAACAACCACCCAGCCGUCACACAGCGGUGCAGGACCUGAAUGCAGCCAUGAACCUGAAUGCACAAGAGCAGCCGCAUGUGUCGGCGUCCACUCCAACAACAGUCACCGUGGCAGCCUCCAUGUUUAUAUCUCAGCCGAAGGGGCAUCCAGUGGUUUACGGAGAUCCCCUGCAGAACCGUAUGGAUCUGGGGCAAGGCGUUGGAUCAGCAAUGUGUCUUACACAAACUAAGACACUCAUCACUGACCCGUCCAUUCCUAAGAUUGAUGCAUGUCUGGAGGAUCUGGGCAUCCAGCAGCAGCAGCUCCAGAUGCAGCAGCAAAAGCUCCUACAGCAACAACAACUCCUCGAGCAGCAGCUCCAGCAGCACCAGCAAUCCUCUUUUGCUCGCUAUAACCUAGCAAACCAGGUCCAGCCGCUGUUGCUGAAGAAAGACCUGGUGGUGAGCCAGACGAGCAUUGGCAGUGCCCAGACUGUGGUCAGUGUCAGUGCAAUUCCUAGAGUAUCUCCCCUACCACCCCAGCCAGCAUCUGUGGCUCCACUUUCCUCUAACACUCAACAUGACUAUUGUCAGGGUGGGCUUGCUUUGGAGUUGAAGAACAAGCCCACGGUCAUGAACCUGUCCACGGGAAAGCCCCAUGUCAUGAUGGUCCAACUGGAAGACAGCAAUGCAUCUCAGGCGGCCACAGUGACUCAGCUGGUCAAAGAGCCUCCUCCCCCUCCCCAGGUCCUGGAUCUCACUGGUGGACAGAUACAGAAACCAGAGAACCAAGUGGCUUGUUGUGACGUCGUUUACAAGUUACCCUUUGCUAGUAGUUGUGCAGGGAACUUAACUCAGAAGAAUCUUACCACUGAACCUUCCCAAGUCACCCUUCCACCCCCUGCCUCACAUUACAGUGUAAGCCAGCAGCAGCAGCAACAACAACAACAGCAGCAGCGGCAGCAGCAGCAGCAACAACAACAGUUGCAGCAACAUCAACAACAACAUCAACAACAACAACAACCUGGAAAUAAUGGCUACCAGACAGCAAGCAUGCAAGGAGCAACAGAGGAGCAUAAACCAAUGCAGGGAGUCCCUCCAUACCCUAUACCCACUGGAGGGAGGCUUCAACCUUCCAUGUCUGACACCAACCUGUCUAAUGCAGGGCUUCAGUACUAUCAGAGGACUGACCCUGGGGAUCUGGCCGUGGAUCUGAGCACCAUGAAUCAGACCUACGAACGAGGAUAUCUUGGCAUUGGUGCGCAGUACGGAUCCUACACAGACUUACGUCAUGAAGGAGAUAUUGCAGGUCCUCCCUUGCCCCUGCGAAGGUACGGCUCCAUGUCCAACAUCAGUCAAGACUACGGCUAUGGUCAGGCAGGUUUAACGGACGCCAACCUGGCACAGUAUAGUGCCACCACUGCCAGAGAGAUCAGCCGAAUGUGUGCAGCUCUGAACUCUAUGGACCAGUUCGGUCAACGGUACAGCAACCCUGAGAUUAUGCAGUAUGGUGCUGGAAGAGGAGCAGGCCCUGAAGCCAGGCUCAACCUACAGCAAAGCUUAGCAUCAAUCCGAGCCAACCUACUCUAUGGCCCCGAUGGUAGGCCCACUGCACACGGCCAAGCCCUAACCAAUCUGAUCAAUGCCAGACAAGCAAGCAUACGGGCCUUAUAUCCGUCUGCAAUGAGAGGAGCUGAUGGGAUGACAUACUCCACCAUCAACAGCCCAAUAGCCUCUACCUUGCCAAUAACCACCCAGCCUUCCUCUGUUCUGCGACCCAUGCCACGAGGAAUAUACCGACCUUACCCUGCAUGUGUAACUGCUGUACCACUGGCUAGCCUCACCAGGUUGCCACAUGCGACCCCAAGGAUGCCUCUGUCUACACAGGGACCUUACGGUUACGCUCCUCCCAACCAGUUUCCUACAACAGCUGGCGUUCCUGGAAAUGGACCUGACACAAGCACCUCCACCCAGGAAGCUCCUGUCUACCUUGGGAAGCCUUCUGCAACUGUCGCUGUGCACACAGCUGCAACCUUACCACCGGCCCACCCGGUUUCUCAUAUAGGUGGACACAGUGUACCAACUACUGCAAUGCCAAUUCAGUCUGCAAACCAACAAACCCCCCAAACUCAAAUCCAAGUGCAGAAAGUUACGACACACCCCCAUACUCAAACUCAAAUGCAAGCCCAAAUCCAUCAACAAAUGCAGUCCCAAAUCCAUCAACAAAUGCAGUCCCAAAUACAGCAACAAAUGCAAACUCAAAUGCAACAACAAAUACCAACUCAAACUCAAGCUUUGUCCCUGACUCAAACCCAGUCCCAGCUGAUAACUCAGCCUCAGCCCCAGGCUCUAGUGCAGCCCCAGACUCAGCCGCAGCCCCAGCCCACUCCCCAGGCUGCAGCAGCCAGCACUACCAUCGUUACUUCCGUAGACCCAGAGCUAGAAAAGGUAGAAGAGCGUUUGAGACAGCAGCAAGAGCAGAUGCUGCAGAUGGACCGAGAGCGCGUGGAGCUGGAGAAACUUCGGCAGAUGCGCCUGCAUGA